CGCCGGGGACCCUGCAUGCCCCCCUCAGCUCCCCGCUGUCUCCUGCAGACGCGGAAGCUGUCAAAGACGGAGCGGCAGCGGGUCAGCGGGGAGGGGGAGAUGCUGAAGGGGCUGCAGCAUCCCAACAUCGUCCGCUUCUAUGACUCUUGGAAGUCGUCCAUCAAAGGCCAAGUCUGCAUCGUGCUGGUGACAGAGCUCAUGACGUCCGGCACCCUGAAAACCUAUCUGAAGCGGUUCAAGGAGAUGAAGCUGAAGGUGCUGCAGCGCUGGAGCCGGCAGAUCCUCAAGGGGCUGCAUUUCCUGCACACCCGCUCGCCCCCCAUCAUCCACCGUGACCUCAAGUGCGACAACAUCUUCAUCACGGGCCCCACCGGCUCGGUCAAGAUUGGGGACCUGGGCCUGGCCACGCUCAAGCGAGCCUCCUUUGCCAAGAGCGUCAUAGGCACCCCCGAAUUCAUGGCACCGGAGAUGUACGAGGAGAAGUACGACGAGGCAGUGGACGUCUACGCCUUUGGGAUGUGCAUGCUGGAGAUGGCCACCUCCGAGUCCUACUCCGAGUGUGGCACAGGAGGGGCUGAUGCCUGUUGUCCCCAGGGCCUGAAGCCCAGCAGCUUCUACAAGGUGAAGGUUCCGGAGCUGAAGGAGAUCAUCGAGGGCUGCAUCCGCAUGGACAAGAAUGAAAGGUACACCAUCCAGGACCUGCUGGAGCACUCCUUCUUCCAGGAGGACACGGGGGUGCAUGUGGAGCUGGCCGAGGAGGACGAUGGCAUCAAGUCUGGGCUGAAGCUCUGGCUGCGCAUGGACGACACGAAGAAGCUGCACGGCAAGUACAAGGACAACAACGCCAUCGAGUUCCUCUUCGAGCUCUACAAGGACGUGGCGGAGGAGGUGGCCCAGGAGAUGGUGGUCCUGGGCUUUGUCUGCGAGGCCGACUACAAGCUGGUGGCCAAGGCGGUGCGGGACCGUGUAGUCGCCAUCAAGCGCAAGCGGGAGAAGCUGAAGCGUGCCCAGGACAUGCCGUUGCCUGUGGAGCCAGAGCAGCCACCGGGUGUCCUGCGGCUGCUGGAGGAGCUCAAGUCCCCGCUGCCACCUGCUGCUCCUGCCGCAGCCACCCCUGGCUCCGGGGACUCCGUCUUCAGCAGCACCUUCCCCCCAGAGCCCGAGGAGCCAGAGGCUGACCAGCACUUCUCCUACCGGCACACCAGUUACUCCUCAGCCACCUCUGACUGUGAGACAGAUGGCUACCUGAGCUCCUCCGGCUUCUUGGACUCCUCGGACCUGGCCCAUCACAGAUUCUCAGCAGGGGACCCUGGGGACAACCCGGAGGAAAUUGCGUCUGUCAUGGUCCACAACGAGUUCAUCCUCAAAUCGGAGCGGGAUGGCUUCAUCCACCGCAUCCGCGACAUCAUCCACCGUGUGGAGACCCUGCUCCGCAAGGAUGGGCGCGGUGCCACCGAGCUGCCCGAGAGCCCCGAGGCUGAGCACGGCGCGGGCAGCCCCCAGGUGGACCUGCAGCUGCAGGAGCUCUCACGCUCCAUCUCCUCCUCCUCUUCACUCAGCGGUACGUCUCUGCCCCUGUGCAGGCCCUUCCUACCCCACUCCCCCUGCUUUGUCCCCCCCCCCCCUGCCAGCAUGGCCAAGCCAGCCCCGGCCUGUGGUGGGACCCUGGAGGCAGGGGGGGCUGAUGUCCCCACUGCUGGGGGGCCUGUGCCAUUCCCUCCCCUAUCACCAGCCCCGCUGUACCCCCCAGGCAGUGAGGCUGCGGGGAGUCCCCUGCCAUCACUGAGCACGUCCACGCAGGGGAGCCUGGAGGGCAGCACGGUGCCACCCGGCUCCCCCAAGCCCAGCCACCCUCUCAUCAUCUCGGAGCUGCCAGCCCCCGGUGUGACCAAGGCCCGGCUCAUGCCCAUCAAUGAAGCAGAAGCCAAGCCCUGGAUCCUGGGCCGGUUCCAGGUGACGCCAAUCAAGGACCUGGCUGUGACCUCCCCAGUGCUGAGCAGCAGCGAGGCCGAGCGGCGCGGUGCAGAGCCGGCAGUGAGCAGCUCCCCGCUGCCCGCAGCCCCUGACACAGGGGACAGCUCAAGCAGUGACUCGCGCUCGGUGCUGGAGAUGGUGGCCCGCAGCUUGUCCUACCUGAGCAGCGACGACACUGAGAGCGAGGACGAGGAGAUCUGGGAGGAGCUGCAGAACCUGCGCCAGAAGCACCUGGCUGAGGUGCAGCUGCUGCAGAGCGCCCAGAAGAAAGAGAUUGAGGAGCUGUACCUGCGGAUGGGGAAGCAGCCACCGCUGGGCAUCGUCUCCCCCGCCGCCAUGCUCUCCAGCCGCCAGCGACGCCUCUCCAAGGGCAGCUUCAACCCCUCCCGCCGCAACAGCCUGCAGCGCCUGGAGCUGGCGCAGCCCCCAGGCAUCAUGCGCCGUAACUCACUGAGCGGCAGCAGCACCGGCUCGCAGGAGCAGCGGCUGAGCAAAGGGGUGACCUUCGCUGACGACUUUGGCCGGAUGCCAGCUGGCCAGGGGUGACUUCAUGAACUACCUCAACCAAGUGCCUGCUGCCCUGGGGCGGGCAAGAGCCCCUGCGCCGCCUGGGAGGACAGCGCCAGCCUUGGGGGCAGCCAGUGCCCACACCCCAGGGAAGCUGGGCCCCCCACCCCUACCUGCC